GGGACCACGUGACCCGGGUUGAGAGUUGAAAGUCAAGCUGCUGCUGCUGUCCUCGGCAUGGCGGUUCAGGUCGGACGCAGAGUCCUGCUGCAGGCGGUCCGGGUCCAGGCCCCGGGGGGUCCGGGUCCGAGGCGGUACGUGGGGCUCGGUGGAGCCUCGUCCGCCUCGCGCCCUGACGGUCACGGCGCGCGACACUACAGCUCGGACCCGAAGGAGGACCUAUGCGUGAGACACCUGGACGGGGAGGACGCCGGUAUCGUCGUCAUUGGGCUAAAUCGACCCAAAGCAAAAAAUUCCAUCAGCAAAAAUCUGGUGAACAUGAUGCUGGAGGCCGUGGAGGACGUGAAGAAGGACCACCGGGUGAGGAGCCUCAUCAUCUGCAGCCUGGUCCCAGGGAUCUUCUGCGCAGGUGCCGACCUGAAGGAGCGGGCCAAGAUGCACCAGAGUGAAGUGGCACCCUUCGUGUCCAAAGCCAGAGCGCUGAUCACGGAGCUCGGGAACCUCCCCAUGCCGACCAUCGCCGCCAUCGACGGCGCCGCCCUGGGAGGCGGCUUGGAGAUGGCCCUCGCCUGUGACAUCAGAAUCACCGCCAACACGGCGAAGAUGGGCCUGGUGGAGACCAAACUGGCCAUCAUCCCCGGAGCAGGUGGCACCCAGCGUCUCCCGCGGUUGAUCGGCGCCUCUCUGGCCAAGGAGCUCAUCUUCGCGGCCCGCGUGGUCGACGGGGCGGAGGCGUGCCGCCUCGGGCUCGCCAACCACUCGGUGGAGCAGAACGACCGCGGAGACGCCGCCUACCUGCGGGCGCUGGAGCUCGCUCGCGAAAUCAACCCUCAGGGUCCCAUCGCAAUAAGGAUGGCCAAACUGGCCAUCAACCAGGGCAUCGAGGUGGAUCUCUCUACCGGUCUGGCUAUCGAGGAGGCGUGCUACGCCCAGGUGAUACCGACCAAGGAUCGCCUGGAGGGUUUGUCCGCCUUCAAGGAGAAGAGGCGUCCUCACUUCAAGGGGGAGUGACGCCUCACUCCUCCUCCUCCUCCCAGAGGCCAGACCCAGGGUUCUGCUUCAGCACAUCUCUACGGGGGGAACCGGUGCAGAACCCGGAGGACGUCCGUCUGAACGCAGGACAUUCGAGUAUUUUCUCCAGUGACUGGAAUGUUCAGGUGUAAAAUACCUGCUGGGUACAACAACCAUCAACUAACCAACCAACCAACCAUCGGCCACAACUUACCAAACCAACUUUAAAAUGUAAAUCACGACUCACUUCAACCGGUUGCUAGUUACUAACCUCUUGACUAGUGAGCCGAGAGCCAUCGCCAUGUCUGCUUCACUCGGCAUGCCGUCCCGCUUCAUCGCUGUUUUACUCUGGAAGCAACGCACCUGAAUACCACCAGGGCGCGUCUGCAUGAAAUACAGAAAUGCACUCUAGGUUUUGCUCUUACUUCUUGAUUUGAGACUCGCGUUCACCAAAUCAGACGAUGUGUCCGUUGCCAGGCGUCACUUUCACUGGACCGGCCGGCGCCUCGGAGACGUUGACGAGAUUUAAACCCAAGGGACCUUUUUGUUGAGAAACGCGAUGCGACGUCGCGCCGCGAUGGCCGACCAGCCACCGAGCCGCGGGGGGCGGGGGGCGGUCGCUUUGUGUUCAUAGGCCAUUAAAAAGUGACACGUCAACACGGCGGCACCGCCUCACCAUGACCACAUGGCCUGAUUUGGUGUGCAUGCGGCCUCGAUGAAGGGUCUGGGUUCCUCUACGGGGCGGACGGGUUGUCUGAUCCCAAACUUUAUGUUUUGUCAUAAGUACACGGAGGAAGUGUGUACUUGUACUCGUGCUGGAUGAUGAUGAUGUACAAAUGUUCACAUGAUUGUAAUAAAAAAAAUAAUUCUGUA